UAUAAAAAAAUUCAAACUUAGAAAUAAUUAUUUCUAGAAAUUUAUUAAAAAUUUGUUAAAGAUUAUUUAUAAUAAAAGUAACGUUCUAAUUCUCACAUAAAAAACUAUUACUGCAAAAAUAUUUAUUAACUUUAACAUUGUUUUCAAAAAAUUGUUAAUUUAAAAAAAAAUUACGUUAUACAGCAUAGAAUAUACGGAAUAUAUACGUUUGUUCCUUGCUCAGCUGUUGAAGGAGAGUCUUAUUUUUUUCUUGGAAACUUGCAGAGGCGUGAUUCAAAAGUUGAUUCAGCGCACACCGCAAAGAAGCGAAUUUUAAUAGUAUUUUAAAAUGUUGGAAGGUAUUAAACAUAUAUUACUGGUCCUUUCUGGUAAGGGAGGAGUUGGAAAAUCAACAGUUAGUACACAAUUGGCUUUGUCAUUAAAAGAAUCUGGAUUUAAAGUGGGUAUUCUCGAUGUGGACCUUUGUGGUCCUAGUGUUCCUUAUUUAUUAAAUUUAGAAGGCAAAGAUGUUUAUCAGUCGACAAAUGGAUGGGUACCAGUGUAUGCCGAUGCUGAACAAAAGUUGGCUGUCAUGUCAAUAGGAUUUAUUUUGCAAAAUCGAAACAACAGUGUAGUUUGGCGAGGUCCUAAAAAAGCUAGUAUGAUAAAACAAUUUUUAAACGACGUAGUUUGGCAAGACAUCGAUUAUCUCAUCAUAGAUACACCACCCGGAACAUCAGAUGAGCAUAUUACAGUUAUGGAAGAACUAAGGAAAGUCACAUGUGACGGGGCAAUAAUAGUAACAACACCACAAGCCAUUGCAGUAGAUGACGUUCUAAAAGAAGUGACAUUUUGCCGUAAAACUGGAUUACCCAUAAUAGGAAUUAUUGAAAAUAUGAGUGGGUAUGUCUGCCCAACGUGUAAAGAAUGCACAAACAUUUUUUCAUCAGGCGGUGGUGUGUCAUUGUCAGAAAUGGUGAAAGUUCCAUUUUUAGCAAAGCUGCCUAUCGACCCAGUGAUUAGUAAAUUGGCAGAUAAAGGCAGUUGUGUUCUUACAACUUUUCCUGAUAGUCAAGUCGCCCAAGUCUUUAAAAAAUUAGUAGAAGAAAUAACAAAAAGCAAAGAGGCUUAAUUGGAAAUUAACAAAUUAACAUUCUACUUUGUAUAAUGUACAGUUUUUCUAUUUGUAGUUAUAAGGAAAGAUGCAAGAUUUUUAUAUAUUGAAUAAUGUACAUUUUUAAAUAAAAUAUUAAGCAUUUUAUAAAAUAA